AUGUCUGCACGACCAGCCUCACCCCCCGUUCACGCUCGCCCUGGCGAGACUUCUGAAGAGGGUCACCGAACAACAAGACUUCUUCGUUGGGUCUUUGCCCAAAGCAACCUUGACGAAGUCCGGGGGCACCCCGACAAGGUCUUGGCUCUUAUCGAUGAGUUCAGCAAGGAUGAGCGUAUGAUGACUGUCGGUCAAGGGAAGGGUAAGGAAGUCUUGGAUGUAAUCGAUGAAGUCAAGCCAGAAACCAUGAUCGAACUUGGCUGCUUCGUCGGCUACUCUGCCAUCCUAUUCGGUGACGCCUGUCGUCGCAAUGGUGGUAAGCGUUACCUCAGUCUGGAAUACAACCCAGAGUGGGCCGCUAUUGCCAAUAUGCUUAUUGAACUCGCGGGUUUGCGUGACUUCGUCACCGUCCUCGUCGGCCGCAGUGACGUGACCCUUGACAAGCUCUACCAGACUGGCGAUGUCAAGAAAAUCGAACUGCUCUUUAUUGACCACUAUAAGCCGGCCUACCUGACAGAUCUCAAGCUCUGUGAACACCAUGGCAUGAUUGUUCCAGGAUCCGUGCUGGCUGCUGACAAUGUCCUCUACCCGGGCAACCCGCCGUACUUGGAGUACGUCCGCAGUACUGUCGAGGAGAAGCGGGAAGCGGCGAAGCAGGGCCCCACCAAGGGAUACAACACGGAAGGCAUGCGCGAACGCACGGUGCAGUCUUUCAUGCCCGAGGGUGAUGUGCCGUUCCUCGAGACGGUCGGAAAUCCCAAUCUUGUGUACAAGAGUGAACUUCGGCAACCGGAAGGACACCGGGAUGCAAUUGAAGUUACGCGAUGUGUGGGUGUUCAAGAAGCAUAG